ACUGAUCAGCUCUGGGGCAGAAGGGAACCAAGUGAAACCCAGGGACAGAGAGAAUCUCUGAGGAUGCAGUAGGCACUGAUACAGCUAUAGUGGACAUCACACAGCACGUUCUUGGGCUGUGUGCUAGGUUACACCAGCAGCCUGCCUCACCAGGGCACCUUCCUCCAAGGGAUCUCUCACCUGAAGAAAGGUUCCACUUGUGGAACCUCCACCAUGUCCUGAGCACUGGCUGUACCCACCACUUCACAGCAAAUCCCACAGCAGAGUGGGUGACAACAUUUAUCCUACAAAGACUUUUCUACUGGCAGAAUAGUCAGCACAACUGUGUUGGAGCAAACGGGGACAAUCUUCCUCAGGCAAAGGCAUGCUACAGACCCCCAGAAUAUGACCUCUAGUUAUUUUAUUGGUGCAAGCAUGGUAAUAAUUUAUUCAAAACCAUGUCAGAUAAAGUAACAGGGUUCCUGUUGUACGAAGAACCGAGAGUACUUGCCCAAGACCUGCAUGGAGGAGAGCGAGCAGACCAGAAGUCUGAACAUUUAAGGAUACAAACCAUGUAUCCUUAAAAAAACGUGCUUAGUUAAACAAAUCUUGAUGCUAGCAGUUAGCAGUGAAGUGAAUGAGUUGUGUAGGGAUAACGUAAUUAGCAAUACUGGCACAUGACAGAUGCUAAUGAAGAGAGCAAUUCAAGAUACAGUCAAUGAGCAGCUCCCCAUGACCUUACUUCAAUGAGUGCUUGAGCACAGAGCUCCCCAUGUGCUGGGCUGCAUCCCCAGAGCGUGAGCAGCACGAGAGGGAGGGGAUUGUCCCCCUCUGCUGUGCUCUGGGGAGACCCCCCCUGCAGUCCUGAUCCAGCUCUGGGGCAACAGCACAAGAGGGAUGUGGAGCUGUCGGAGCAGUUCACUCUACAGAGAUGCCAGCCGGGGCUUGCCAGCCCCAGAGCCGCAGGAGCUCCGGGGGGCUCGGGAGCAGUGCGGGCAGCGCAGCAGGCUGCGGCGGGAUCAAUGAGCGCACGUUCGUGGCCAUCAAACCGGACGGGGUGCAGCGGCACCUGGUCGGGGAGAUCAUCCGGCGGUUCGAGAGGAAGGGGCUGCAGCUGGUGGGGAUGAAGCUCCUGCAGGCCUCGGAGGAGCUGCUGAAGGAGCACUACAUAGCCCACCGUGACCGACCCUUCUACAGCCGGCUGGUGAAGUACAUGAGCUCUGGGCCCAUUGUAGCCAUGGUCUGGCAGGGCCUGGAUGUGGUCAAGACCGUUCGCACGAUGAUUGGGGAGACUAACCCAGCUGAUUCCAAGCCUGGCACCAUCCGAGGAGACUUCUGCCUUGAAGUCAGCAAGAAUGUGAUCCAUGGCAGUGACUCAGUUGAGAGCGCCAGGCAGGAGAUCUCCCUGUGGUUCCAGCCGGAGGAGCUGACCUGCUGGCAGGACACAGCUGAGCACUGGAUCUAUGAGUGAGAAGUACACGCCAAGGAGUUGCAUCUUCCUGACUGGGCAUGGAGUGUUCCCAUCCCUGUGACCUCAGCUGCUUGAGCUGGUUGUGGAUCCUGCUGUGGGAGUUGUGCUGUGUGUGGCUGGAGGGGUCCUGGGAGCUGGUCGCUGGAUGAAAGCUCUGGUUCAGCUCCCUGCAAGAGUAGUUGUGUCUUUUUUUUCUCUCCUCUCUCUGCUAUAGUAUGUAGUUGGUAUUGUGGCUGUUUGCUGCAGCGUCUUAAAUCCCAAAUAACUCAAGGUGAUUCACU